AUGGUCCCAGCCUGGUAUGGCUUCCACAGUUUCCUACUCCGGCUUUCCAACCAUCCCAGGUGGAGCUGUUCCAGAGGAUCUCGCUGGCAAGUCCUUCUCAUCUGGCUCUUGUUACUUUGUUUCCCCGGUUGUGUACAGCUGGCGACCUUCAAGGUGGGCGUGGUGGGCCCCUGGAAGUGUGACUUCAUCUAUGCCCAGGCCUACCCGGAGGUGGCGGCCAAGUUGGCCAUUGCCCGCAUCAACAAAGACCCAACCGUGAACCAGGGUUACUGGUUCGACUAUGUUCUCCUCAGUGAAGACUGCCAGACGUCUCAGGCCAUGGUGGGCUUUGUGAACACAGAACACUACGCCUCUGGCUUUAUAGGCCCAGUCAAUCCUGCAAUCUGCGAGGCAGCUGGUUGGCUGGGCCACGCUUGGAACAAGCCCAUUUUCUCCUGGUCUUGCUUGAGUGACAAUGCCGCGGCGGAACGUUAUGGCACCUUUGCCCGGGCGUUGCCGCAGAGCUCAGCUGUGAUCUACACGGUGCUCAAGUACUUCCGGUGGGCUCACGUUGCCAUUGUAACCUCCGAACAGGACUUCUGGGUGGAGGUGGGCCAAUCCCUGGCACAUGCGUUGCGUAACUUUGGCCUCCCGGUUGGCGUGGUGACCACAAUGGACAAUGAACCUGACGAGGCCCAGGACACCCUCUGCAAGAUAAAAAAGGCCCACGAUAUACGAGUGAUCAUCUUGUGCAUGCAUUCUGCCCUGCUGGGUGGCCAGGAGGAGAAGCUGUUGCUGGAGAAGGCUGAAGAGAUGGACAUGAUAGACGGGACUUAUGUUUUCAUCCCCUACGACGCCUUGACUUACAGCAUGCCCUACCAGCAGGAGUCCUACGACGUACUCGACGAAAACAGCAAACUGCGCCUGGCCUAUGAUGCGGUGCUCACCGUCACUAUCGACUCCCCAGAAUUCUCCUUCCGGGAGGCCCUCAGGGAAGCUCAGGAGAUGGGGGAAAUCCCCAGCCACCUUGAUACCGACCAGGUACAUCCGCUGUUUGGGACCAUCUUCAACUCGAUCUACUUCCUGGCCAAGGCCGUGGACAGGACUUAUAUGUCUGGGAAGUGGGUGAUGGGCUCCACCAUUGCCGAACAUGCCAAGGACUUCGAGUUCGAGGGUUUCAGCCAGACGCUGGCAGCCAAUGAACACGGGGAUGUGGUUCUCCCCUACAUCAUCUUGGACACAGACGGCAGGGGCAACCGCCUGUGGCCCACCUACAGCAUCGAUGUGGCUACCAGGACCCUGCACCACAGUGGACACACCGUCCACUGGCCUCACAGUUCCAUGCCGAGUGUCGACUCCAGCUGUUGGUUUGAUUCUUCGGUCAUCUGCAGUGGGGGGGUGGAUGUCAGUUACGUCAUUCUCCUUUUCAUUUUGGUGGGUUUCUUGGUCGUGUUUGGAAUUUUUCUCUCUUUCUAUAUCAGGCGCUACAUUCAGCAUGCCCAGCUAAUGAAGGGACCCAAUAAGAUGAUCCUCACGAUGGACGACCUGACCUUCAUUACCAAUCAGAGUAGCAAGAAGAAAGUAGACGAUAGCCACUCUAGUCUUGCGGGAAGGAGCAAUUCGGACAUGAAAAGCCUCAGGAGCGUGACAGCAAAUGUGGACAACAGCAACAUUGCUGUGAAUGAGGCCGAGGAGAGGCAAAAAGUCAGCAGCCACGUCCCUUUGCUCCUCCUUUUGUUUAACACCCAAGGCAUUGUAGCUGCCGUCCAGGGUGACUGGGUGUGGCUGAAGAAAUUCCCAGGAGACAAGCACACCGAAAUCAGACCUGCCACCAAAACAGUUUUUUGCAAGCUCCGGGAUCUGCGGCAUGAGAACGUCAACCUUUUCCUGGGCUUCUUCCACGACUGCGGGAUCUUCGCCAUCGUCUCGGAGCACUGCUCGCGCGGAAGCCUUGAGGAUCUCAUCUUUAACGAGGACAUGAAGUUGGACUGGAUGUUCAAGUCAUCUUUGCUGCUGGACCUUAUCAAGGGGAUGAAAUACCUGCACCACAGAGAGGUUGUACAUGGGCGGCUGAAGUCUCGGAACUGUGUGGUGGACGGCCGCUUUGUCCUGAAGGUCACAGACCAUGGCUACAACCAGCUGCUUGAGUCACAGAGGAUCCCCCGAGACAGGCCAAAAGCCAAAGACCGGUUCUGGACAGCCCCGGAACUGCUGCGGGAUUCAUCGUUGGAACGAAAAGGCACAUUUAGGGGAGAUGUCUACAGUAUCUCAAUAAUUAUGCAGGAAGUCAUCUGCCGUUCAGCUCCCUACUGCAUGCUGGAUAUGUCUCCUGAAGAGAUCAUCCAGAAGGUGGAGAGGCCGCCGCCGCUUUGCCGGCCCUCCGUUUCGGUGGACCAGGCCCCGCUGGAGUGCAUACAGCUAAUGAAACAGUGCUGGAGCGAGCAGCCUGAAAGGAGGCCCAACAUCGACCAGAUUUUUGACCUGUUUAAGAGCAUCAACAAGGGCCGGAAGACCAACAUCAUCGACUCCAUGCUGCGCAUGUUGGAACAGUACUCCAGCAACCUGGAGGAUCUGAUCCGGGAGAGAACGGAAGAGCUGGAGAUCGAGAAGCAGAAAACGGACAGGCUUCUGACGCAAAUGCUUCCCCCGUCAGUCGCUGAGGCCCUGAAGACGGGGGCCCCAGUGGAGCCGGAGUAUUUUGAAGAGGUGACCCUGUACUUCAGUGACAUUGUGGGCUUCACCACCAUCUCAGCCAUGAGUGAACCCAUUGAGGUGGUCGACCUGCUUAAUGAUCUUUAUACCCUCUUCGAUGCCAUCAUUGGCUCCCACGAUGUCUACAAGGUGGAGACCAUUGGCGACGCCUACAUGGUGGCGUCGGGGCUUCCCAAGCGCAACGCAAACCGGCACGCGGCCGAGAUUGCCAACAUGUCGCUGGACAUCCUAAGCGCCGUCGGGACCUUCCGGAUGCGCCACAUGCCGGAGUUGCCCGUACGGAUUCGCAUUGGUCUGCACUCGGGGCCUUGCGUGGCAGGUGUGGUGGGGCUGACUAUGCCGCGAUAUUGUCUGUUUGGGGAUACCGUCAACACAGCCUCCCGGAUGGAGUCCACAGGCCUGCCUUAUCGAAUCCACGUCAACAUACGUACGGUACAGAUUCUGCUUUCGCUCAAAGAAGGCUACAAACUGGAGCUCCGGGGCAAAACAGAGCUCAAGGGGAAAGGUGUGGAAGACACCUAUUGGCUGGUAGGCCGAGAUGGAUUUCACAAGCCCAUCCCCAUGCCUCCUGACUUGCUGGGAAGGAAAAGCGCCCAUGGCAUUAGCGUAGAUGAGAUUCCAGAAGAUCGGAAGAAGAAGCUGCAGAAAGCACGUCCAGGGCAGGCAAUCUAG